AUGUCAACGACAGCUGCCCCCAACCGGGGUAUUGUCGUGUUCUCAGGAGGAAGUGCUGCCAAUAAUCUGGUUGAUGUCUUCAGCAGCUUACGCGAGAGUAAGGACUGCUUGCUAAGCUACAUCAUUCCUAUCAGUGACAACGGAGGCUCGUCGUCAGAACUGAUCCGGAUUUUUGGAGGCCCUGGCAUAGGUGAUGUGCGAAGCAGAUUGGUGCGGCUCAUCCCCGAAUCACCUCCGAAUUCAGAACGGGCAGCCAUCAAGACUCUGUUCAAUCAUCGACUGCCUGCCGAUGCUGGCGCCGCUCACAGUGCAUGGCAGUCAAUCGUGGACGGUACUUCAGAGCUUUGGAGGAUCGUCACUCCUGCAAAAAAAGAGCUAAUACGAUCGUUCUUUAAUCUAUUGAAUCUGGAAAUCCUGAAGCGCGCGCGACCGCCUUCGUCAACCUUUGAUUUCACCUCAGCCAGUGUUGGCAAUCUCUUCUUAACAGGCGCACGACUUUUCAGCGGCAGUUUCGAAAGCGCAAUAUACCUCCUCGGAAGCAUCUGCGGCGUACCAUCGGAUGUUGUCCGUGUGAUCCCAGCCAUCAACUCCAACUUCUCCCAUCACAUCUCCGCGUCGCUAGCCGAUGGGACCAUCAUUGUCGGACAGAACAGCAUCUCUCACCCCAGCGAGGCAACUGCUUUGCAGCCCAGACCGGGCUCCAGGCGCCCCAGCCUUCUUUUAGCGGACGGCGGCGAAUAUCUUGAGGAAACUGAGCCCUCCGACGCCUCUGAUGCCGUCUCAUACGAGGAUGACCAUCUCCCCGGCUCUCUCCCCACCCUCCGCAACAAAAACAUCAAGUUCAGCAAAAGCGACAACGAAGAUCUCCCGUCCCGCAUCACCCGAAUCUGGUACAUCAAUCCCUAUGGCCAGGAGAUCCGGCCGCCAGCCAACCCUCGGGUCCUCGAGUCGCUCCGUGACUCCCAGGCCAUCAUCUACAGCAUCGGCUCUCUCUACACCUCGCUCAUCCCCUCCCUUGUCCUCCGUGGCGUCGGCCAAGCCAUCGCAACCAGCCCGGCCCGGCACAAAAUCCUCAUUCUCAAUGGAUCCUUGGACCGAGAAACAGGCCCGCCCUCCGAGCCCUUCACGGCAGUCGAGUUCGUGGAGGCAAUCACCCUCGCUGGAGAAGAAAGCCGCGGCAGAGGGCUCCUGAAAUUCCCUAAUCAUACUAGUAGCCCACCAACUAGUCUCCGACCUCUCCUUCCGUACAACUCCUAUGUCACACAUAUUCUACACCUCGACGGGCCCGGGACGCCGAAAGUCGAUCGUGAACGCCUUGCUGAGAUGGGCAUCGAGACGCUCCGGCUGUACGGCCGGAAGAUUAUGGCACCUGGUCCGGAUGGGGAGGAGGUUGCCGUCGGGAUGAAGUACGAUCCUAAUGCCCUUGUGCAGGCUUUGGAGGUGGUACUGGGCCGCAAAGGCGAUGCGAUUCUCCGUGGUGAUGGUAAUGGCUUAAGUCGAAGGAAUACUCUGGACCCGGGGAGAAGACGAGAGUGA